AUGGACGAGUUCGCUUUGUUCCAAUCUGAAAUUCAGGAAUUGGAGGAAACGAACGCGAAAGAAGAAUCGAAAGAAGAAGACAAAGUUCCGAUUCAGUUCCGGAAAAACGCCGGGGUAGUCAUCAGCGCACCGGCGGCGAUUAAAGCGGACGCGUUUGAACCUCGAGGACGACCUGUUUCCCCAGAAAAGAAGGAGGAGGACGACGGUUUUGGAGGGGCGAUUGGACCAAAUUUUCAGCCUCCACCUCCUCCUCCUCCUCAGGUUUCGAACGCGCUCGGCCCGCAACAUUCGAUAAAAACGGUCGGACAACCAGUCGCGCGACACGUCGCCGGGGAGAAAUGGAUCGAUAACACCCUCUCGGAAUGGCCGGCGAACGAUUACAGGAUUUUUGUUGGGGAUUUAGGGCCGGAGUGUACGGACGAGCAGUUGGCGAAGGCGUUUAGCGCGUACGGCUCGUUCGCCAAGGCGAGAGUGGUGAGAGAUAAGAAGACGAUGAAAAGCAAAGGGUACGGGUUCGUUUCGAUGAUGGAUUCGAUGGAUUUUGCGAAAGCGAUGAAAGAGGUGCACGGGAAAUGGAUUGGGUCGAGACCGUGUAAGUUGAGGAAGAGUUCGUGGGAGGAGAGGAACGACCAGACCGCGGCGAAGAGUAAUAAUAGUAAAAGGAAAGGAGGAGGGAAGAAUUUAGGCGGCUUGGGUGAAUUUGCCGGAGGUAAGAGGAAGAAAGGAGGUGGGUACGGGUUAAAACAUAGUAGGAAACACUUGGCAGUCGCGCCGUCGAUCGAGAAGUACAAAGCGAAAAACAAAUGA